AUGGUGACAACAAUUCAAUACAGGAAAGACACUAUAGGAGGAGGAGGAAGAGGUGGAGUUCCUGGUGGUGCAUUUGUACCAGGAUAUGGAUCUCUGGGUGCUGGUGCCAAACCACCAAAAUAUGGGGUCCCUGGAGCAGGAGCAGGGGGAGUUGGAGUCCCAGGGGGUUUUCCAGGGGGAGUCCAAGGAGGAGGAGGUCAGGUGCUGCCAGGUGGUGCCGGCUACGGUGGUUAUGGAGCUGGUGCUGGAGCCAAACCCCCUAAAUAUGGAGUCCAGGGAGGAGCUGGAACAGGAUUAGGAACUGGAGGGCUAGGAGGGACGGGGGGAGUCGGAGUAGGAGGUGGACAAUAUUCUGCUGCUGCGAAGGCUGCUAAAUACGGUGUAGGUCUAGGCGGAGUAGGAACAGGACCUGGAGGACUUCCUAGUGGUGUGCCUGGAGGUGUACCUCCAGGUGUAGCAGGGGGUGUGCCUGGAGGUGGAGCCGAAGGGACUGGUGUGAAACCACCCAAAUAUGGAGACCUCUCUGGAGUGACCCCAGACACUGGCGUCAGCGGCGUUCCCAAUGGUUCUGCAGUCCCAGCAAAAGAUCUUGGUGGAACACCUCAACCAGGCGUUUCAAGUGGAAUUGUUCAACCAAGUGCUGGUACAAGUGUUGGAGGAGCAGGAGUUGCAGUUCCCUCUGGUGGGGUCGGCACUGGGGUCGGCACCGGGGUCAAAGCACCUAAACCUGUCAUACCAGGAGUCGGUCCGGGCGCAGGAGGAUAUCCCUACGGUGGAGGAUAUGGAGUACCUUACGGUGGCGGGACGGGUACCGGGCCUGGAGCUGCAACGCUGCCCGGAGCGAAGCCUCUCAAACCUCCAGUUGUGAGCGGAGCAGGAGCAGGCGGAGUCGGAAUCCCUCUGGCAGCAGGAGGUUAUCAAGGGGGAUACGUUCCAUACGGACAGGGUGUGUAUCCUGCUGCCGGGCUGGGAGGUGCUGGCGCUGGAGGAAAACCGCCCAAACCAGGCUACGGCAAUCUUGGAGGCACAGGAGGAGGUGGAGGAGGAGGAUACCAGCAAGGUGUGGCUCCUGGAUACAGAGGCGGAUACCCUCAGCAGUACUACCCAGGUGGAUAUGUACCAGCCCCACUGACUCCUCAACAAGCCAAAGCAGCGAAGUACGGUCCACUGCAGGGCUUCCUCGGUGGGGCAGGAGGCGGAGCGGGAGGAGGAGGCGUCUACCGAGGUGGCGUUGCAGGAUGCCAUGGCAAAUACUGUGGGAGGAGGAAGUAGAGGAUCUCCCGAGAUCCAGUGACCUCAAGGAACCAUGGUGCUACUGCAUGAUCGAGAAUGUACAUUUCAUAUGCAAUCAAAGCUCCGUAGGACCGCCUGUAAAGAUAUUGGUUUUUUUUUACAUACUUGACUUCAGUGUUUUUAUGGGAACCCACCGACCCUGAAUUUUGUACACGUUCUGAUGUGACGUAUGUUAAUGAUAGUGCCUUUAGACAUUCAUGUGUUAAUCAGCUUUAACUUUGUAUUGCACCUGCCUACUUGGACUACAAAAUCUGUGUCUCUGUUGCUAUGUGUGGCUGUGUGUGUGUGUGUGAGUGUGUGUGUGUGUGAGUAUCGUGCUGUGUGGACAGACGGUUGUACUGUUGUGUGAAAGACUGUCCGACCUGUCAGUGCCAGUGUGACUCCGUGACCUUUCAUAGUUAAUCCUGAAACAAGGUGACCCGUCUCACGCAGCUGCACGGAGCUCGCCGACUCGGUUCAGCUCGGCUCCGGCCAAUUCCCACCUGCUCUCAGCAACUCUGCAGACUGAAGUCGCUGAAGUUCAUUUUUAUCUGCAAUUUUUAUUUAGCUCACUGAAAACAGUUGAAAAAAAACCUUCAGCUCAGAGAAACCAGCAUCACACACAGAGUAAAACCUCCAUCACAGUGAUUCUCCAAGGAUGGAUAAUUCACUUUACCUGAGGAAAAUCUCAGACUGUGCAUAAACUGAACUCACUUAUGAUCAAUAUAAGUCGACCUCUUACAGGUUAGAUGCUGUGAUUUGUCUAGCGAUGCUGAUUGUAAUCCUUGAACACCGCUAUUCGUCCGCUCCGAACUGACCUUUGUCUUCAGCAAGAGGACACUGAUCCAGAUUAUGUCAAGUCUUUGCUAAAAUGUGAACAUCUAACUAUGAGCUGACACUUCAGUGGGUUGUCAGCUCGGCUCGCUGGCACACACGCACAGACUGCCUACAUUGUUAAAAAGAAUGACGUCCUUCAAAAUGAAAGCAAGGUCACUGUGUUGUGCACAUAAUGUGUGCAGACUUUUAUUAGAUCCAUUGUUCCUCAGUGACCUGAAAACCAAAGGGCCGCAUGUGGCUGCACAUUGCACAGGUUUGAGCAACUGCGUCGUGCUCGAGUGUUUGAUGUCUGGAAUUAAGAGAUGGAGAGCUUCACAUGUUUAGUAAGCUGGUUAUUGGUGCGCCUGGCUUUGACUCAUAGCUUCACUGUUAUCAGGAAUGCGUGAACACGAAACAAGAACAAUCAUUUGCUUGUGCAUUUAUUCACUGUUACUGAGUGUAGUGCAGAUUAAUACUUUAACGGGAGCGCCUGUGUGUUUACGUGAGGCACAAUGUCCUGUUGUUCUUUAUUUACUUGAGCUGCUUUUUAAAAAGAAAAGGCUUUACUGACCAAUGGUUCAUGAGCGCUGUCGCCAAGUGACCCCAUCUCUUUCUGUAACUGUGUACUGUAUUUUUACUAAUUUGAUGUUAGCUGGCUUCAGUCCCUUCACUCGGUGCUGUUUAAGAAGCGUCUGUGAGCCUCGCUGGGUCAGACUGUGUCUUAUGUAUUGUGGGAUACUCUUCACCUAUUUAAGACUGUUUUUAUAAGAAGGAACAGUGUGGUUUUGCACUUUUUAUAUUUCUACAACACACAUGUGACUUGUUCCCAGAUAUCCUGGCAUUUUAUUUGCUUCAACAAGUAACAGA